GUAGAAGAAGAAGGGAAACUCCUCCAAAACCCACCUAAAAACCAAACUCAACAAGAGCGUGACUCUCUUGUUCCAAACUCACAACACAAAGAUCUUGUUUCGUAGUGCUUCUCUAUAAAACCAAAACCCCAACUACACUGAAGGUUCCAUUCUUGAUUCUUCUGCCGGAAAAUUCAUCCUCCGUUCUUCACCUUCUUCCACGUUCCGCCUACAACAUCAUCACCCCUCAGCUGGGGUUUUCUUUUUCUCACUCAAAACUUUUUAUUUUUUAUUUUUUUUGUUGCUCAGAUCUUCAUCUCUUUUUCCGUUCUCAUAGAAACUGCCACAUGCUUUUGUAAUUGGGGAGCUACUAAUUUUAGGGGUUUUUCUUCUUUAAACAAGCAUAUUUGUUUCUUAUACGGAAGAUACCUUCUAGUUGAUGAAUGGUGAAGUGUGAAUUUUGCAUAUAGUUUUAUGAGCAUACAGCCAGGGAAGUUCCGAUAUAGAUGGGGACCGUUACUCGCAGUCCUAAUGGUAGAAAACCCAGUGAAAUUAUGAGGCUUAUUGUCACAACUUUUAUUGGAGUAGUUUUUGGUUUCUUUCUAGGAGUGUCGUUUCCAACAUUGUCAUUAACAAAGUUCAAUCUCCCAUCUGGCUUGCUUCCCUCGAUUGACCUCUCUUACAUUGAAGAAAGAUAUACAGGUCGUCGCGCUUGGUCUUUUAUAAACAAUAGUAACAGAAGAGCUUUGCCAAAUCGCUUAUCAAAUGACACAUCAAAGAUAUGGGUUCCAUCAAAUCCAAGAGGAGCAGAAAGUUUACCUCCCGGCAUUGUUGAAGCUGAGUCCGACUUUUACUUGCGUAGAUUGUGGGGCAAACCCAGUGAGGAUUUAACGUUCAAGCCAAAGUACCUUGUGACCUUCACUGUUGGCUAUGAAAUGAAAAAAAAUAUUGAUGCAGCCGUGAAAAAGUUUUCAGAGAACUUCACAAUCCUUCUAUUUCAUUAUGAUGGCCGAGCUAAUGAAUGGGAUGAGUUUGAAUGGUCAAAGAAGGCUAUUCAUGUGAGUGCUCGCAAACAGACUAAAUGGUGGUAUGCUAAGCGAUUUCUGCAUCCUGACAUUGUGGCACCAUAUGACUAUAUAUUUAUAUGGGAUGAAGACUUGGGCGUUGAGCAUUUUAAUGCCGAAGAGUACUUAAAACUGGUGAAGAAGCAUGGCCUGGAGAUUUCACAGCCUGGUUUAGAACCCAAUAAAGGGUUGACAUGGCAAAUGACAAAAAGAAGAGGAGAUAAAGAAGUUCACAAAGUGACGGAGGAGAAACCGGGAUGGUGUUCCGACCCCCAUUUACCUCCUUGUGCAGCGUUUGUUGAGAUUAUGGCUCCAGUAUUCUCGCGAGAAGCAUGGCGUUGUGUGUGGCAUAUGAUUCAGAAUGACUUGGUCCAUGGAUGGGGACUUGAUUUUGCCGUUAGAAGAUGUGUUGAGCCUGCACAUGAGAAGAUUGGAGUUGUCGAUGCUCAAUGGAUUGUUCACCAAGGUGUUCCCACACUAGGAAAUCAGGGUAAAACAGAAACCGGGAAAGCACCAUGGCAGGGGGUGAGGGAGAGAUGUAGGAAGGAGUGGACCAUGUUUCAGAGUCGGUUAGCGAAUGCAGAACAUGCAUAUUUCAAGUCCGGCGGUGGUAUUGAUAUGUCUAAUUCCACUGGUCAUUAGAGACAAAGCUCGAAGCUGACUUGUACACAGCUAUGGUCACCAUUAUGCGUAGACUCCCCUCCCCCCUUUUUUGGAAUAUAUUCUAAUGUAACAUUUUUUACAUGAAGUAGAGUCCUAGCUAGGGACCAAACUUAAAUCCAAUGUAGAACUUGAGAGCUGAUGUGUGAUAAAUAACUGAAGAAAAUUAAUACUGCGUUAUGUCUCAUAAAUUACAGUAGAGGUUGCUUAUUGGUUUGUAA